AUGGCCCCCACCGCAACCGUUCUGAUGAAUGAAACCCAGGUCAAUGCUGCCUCGGGCGCCCUGGGGCUGGCCAAGGAUGGUCGCAAGCUCAACAUCCGAGCACGACCACACUUCGAGACAGCUCUUGAGGAGAGAACGUACCGGAAGCAGCAUCUCGCAGCCGCCUUUCGCGUCUUCGCCGACCAGGGAUUCGACGAGGGGAUUGCGGGACACAUUUCUGUGCGAGACCCAAUUCUGACGAACCAUUUCUGGCUCAAUCCACUCUCCCAACACUUCUCUCAGAUCAGGGUGUCGGAUCUGGUCCUCGUCAACGAAGACGGCGAGGUGGUCGAGGGCAACGAGCCCAUCAACGGAGCGGCCUUUGCCAUUCACAGCGAGAUCCACAAGGCCCGUCCGGAGGUGAACGCUGCUUGCCACGCUCACUCGGUCUACGGGAAGGCCUUCAGUGCCUUCGGUCGGGAGCUCGACAUGAUCAGCCAGGACGCCCUCCGCUUCUACAACGAUCACGCGGUCUAUACCGAGUUCGGUGGGGUGGUACUGGACCGAGAGGAGGGCAAGCGGAUCGCCCAGGCCCUCGGCCGAGGGAAGGCGGCCAUUCUCCAGAACCACGGUUUGCUAACGGUGGGAGGAACCAUCGAUGAAGCCGCAUUCUGGUUUAUCAGUCUCGACAGGACCUGUCACGCCCAAUUGUUGGUCGAUGCAGCUGAAAGAGGCAGUGGGCACAGAAAGAAGAUUAUCUCCCAGGAGGAAGCGGAGUUUACUGCGAAGCAAGUCGGAAGUUCGGAGAAGGGAUGGCUGGCAUUCCAGCCAUAUUACGAUGAUAUCGUGGCCAAGACGCAUGGCUCGUUUCUUCUCUAG